AUGACAUCUUCAAAGGAUGCAACAGUGGCAGAGAGUGAGCCGCUUAAGGGAGAUCAAAAGGAGGAUGUGGGGCUUGCGAAAUCGUUGACUCUUUUCAAUGGCGUUUCGAUCAUCGUUGGCUGUAUUAUUGGCUCGGGUAUAUUUGUCUCACCAACUGGAGUUCAAGAAAAAGCGGGCAGUGUUGGACUUUCUUUGUUCGUGUGGACAUUUUCUGGUCUUUUUUGCGCAAUUGGUGCGUAUUGUUACGCGGAAUUGGGAACACUUAUCAAAAAGUCCGGAGGGGAUUAUGCGUAUAUCAUGGAAGCGUUUGGUCCAUUCUUGGCAUUUAUUCGUCUUUGGGUUGAGGCAAUCGUUGUCAGGCCAUGCACAUGUACGAUUGUUGCACUAACAUUCGCCAUCUAUAUGCUUAGACCAUUCUAUCCGAAUUGCGAUGCUCCAGACGGAAGUUACGUACUGUUUGCAACAACACUUUUGAUCAUUCUAACAGCUAUCAACUGUAUGUCGGUACGACUAGCCACCAUGGUGCAGGACUUCUUCACUGUCGCAAAGGUAUUCGCCUUACUGUUGAUCAUCGGAACUGGUGCAGUUCUUCUUUGCACUGGUCGACCAGAAUACCGUGAAUCGUUUGAGAAUAUUUUCGAGGAUACCACUCCUGAUAUCGGCACUGCGUCGUUAGCCUUCUAUUCGGGUCUAUUCGCAUACCAAGGAUGGAAUUACCUGAAUUUUAUCGUCGAGGAAUUGCAGAAUCCAAGGAGAAACCUUCCUUUGGCAAUCGCAAUCUCAUGCAGUACAUGCACCGUUAUAUUUGUGCUCGUUAAUGUGGCACUCUACACAGUGAUCAGCCCUGAAGAAAUGCUCACGAGUCCGGCUGUUGCUGUGGAAUUUGCCAAUAAAAUGUUCGGUCCGUUCUCUUUCGUAAUGCCAAUAUUCGUGGCGUGCUCGACAGUUGGUUCAGCAAAUGGAGUUAUUUUUACUUCAUCAAGAUUGUUCUAUGUUGGUGCACGUGAGGGUCAUAUGCCACUGGUUUUAACGAUGAUCAACAAACGUACUCGAACUCCAAUUCCAGCUGUCAUUUUCACUGGUCUCCUUUCAUUAGCAUAUCUGACGCUGUCUGGCAACGUUUUCACGCUUAUCAAUUAUAUCCAAAUUGUGUACUGGUUAGCGAUCGGUGCUGCAAUCGCUGCACUAUUCUGGUUGCGUAAAACGAUGCCGAACGCAGAAAGGCCGAUUAAAGUGAACCUCAUAUUCCCAAUUGUAUUCUUCUUGGGAUGUGUUGCAUUGGUCAUCAUUCCAAUUAUUGGCUCACCGAAAGACACAGCAAUUGGAAUGUCAAUCAUGUUAUCUGCAGUACCUGUUUACUUGAUUUUUAUCGCAUGGAAAAACAAACCACAAUGGCUUGAGAAAUUGUCAGGUUUGUACGCUUAUGCAUUCACUCGAUUCGUACAGAAGCUCUUCAUGGUUGUUGAUGACAGUAAAGAGGAGUGA